AUGCUUACAGGACUCCUACGGACACACCAUGAUCAGGGCACUUCUGCUGUCUGCAUUGGUGGCUGGAGCUCUCAGCUGUGGGGUCCCCACUUACCUGCCCCAGCUGCCCAGGGUGGUUGGAGGUGAAAAUGUGAGGCCCAACAGCUGGCCCUGGCAGGUCUCCCUGCAGUACAGCAGCAGUGGCCAGUGGCGCCACACCUGCGGAGGAUCCCUGGUGGCCAACAACUGGGUCCUGACAGCUGCCCACUGCAUCAGCUCCUCCAGGACAUACCGCGUGGUGCUGGGCCGGCACAGCCUCUCCACCAGUGAGUCCGGCUCCCUGGCUGUCGCAGUCUCCAAGCUCGUGGUGCAUGAGCAAUGGAACUCCAACCAACUCUCCAAAGGGAAUGACAUUGCUUUGCUCAAACUGGCCAACCGUGUCUCCCUGACCGAUAAGAUCCAGCUGGGCUGCCUCCCGCCGGCCGGCAGCAUUCUACCCAACAACUACGUCUGCUAUGUCACGGGCUGGGGAAGGCUGCAGACCAACGGGGCUCUUCCUGACAUCCUGCAGCAGGGCAAGCUGCUGGUUGUGGACUACGCCACGUGCUCCAGCUCUGGCUGGUGGGGCAGCACCGUGAAGAGCAAUAUGAUCUGUGCUGGGGGCGAUGGCGUAAUCUCCAGCUGCAAUGGGGACUCCGGUGGGCCACUGAACUGCCAGGCAGAUAACGGCCAAUGGCAAGUGCACGGCAUCGUCAGCUUCGGGUCCUCCCUCGGCUGCAACUACUACCACAAGCCCUCUGUCUUCACCCGGGUCUCCAACUACAUUGACUGGAUCAAUAACGUGAUUGCAAAUAACUAACCAGCAGAAGUCCCCGGACUGCUUGAGACUUGGAAAGGUCACAGAAGGAAAACACUAAUAAUAAAGUAACAACUACACGCAU